GCCUUACUUUCAGCUUGAAUUUCAUUCACUCACUGUGAAAGUCGACAUGGCCAAUCAAGACACGCAAAACGACGUAAAUGUCAAGGACCUUGCAGUCCAAGUUGACAAUCUGACUUUUGGUUAUGGUGGUCCUGAUAUUCUCAAAGACCUCAACUUAAGGCUACCUAGAGGUGCUCGCUGUCUGCUUGUCGGUGCCAACGGAGCUGGAAAGACCACGUUACUUCGCAUUCUAGCUGGCAAGAGAAUGACCCCAGGAGUUGUAAAUAUCUUAGGCGUCAACGCCUUCUUAGAUGCUCCCAAAGGUGUGACCUACCUUGGUACAGAGUGGGCAGGCAACCCUGUCGUUAGAAGUGACUUGAAAGUCGACUUUCUUGUCAAGAGUGUAGGCGGCGAUAGAUGGCCGGAUAGAAGAGACGAACUAAUUGAAGUGCUUGAUGUUGAUACUAACUGGAAAAUGCAUCAAGUCUCGGAUGGACAGCGUCGACGUGUGCAGCUGGUAAUGGGUCUGUUGGCGCCAUGGGAUAUGUUGCUUUUGGAUGAGGUUACUGUUGAUUUGGAUGUACUUGUUCGAUCCGACUUCCUUGACUACCUGGAGAAGGAAACUGCGGCCAGAAACUCCACCAUCGUAAGCUGAGAUGACGUGCUGCAUUAUGAUGCAUGAUUUUUAUUCGAAUUGCCUUCACGGGUCAUAUUGAUGCACCUCCUUUCUAGGUUUAUGCAACCCAUAUUUUCGACGGACUUGGUGAAUGGCCCACGCACAUUGCUCAUGUCUCAGACGGCACCACUAUCUCCAUUCAUGCUAUAGACGACUAUCCAGAAUUUGAUGCUUUCAAAGAGCGUCAUUUGA